GCGACUACACAGUGAAUCCAGCUCGGUGCGAACUUGAUUCCUAAACGGCCUGCGGCUUAUUUUCAUUUACAAAGCUCCACGAUACUAAAACAGUAACCGACCUCGAAGCUGCGUUCCCAGCACUUCGCGCAGCCGGGCAACCAUCUGUCCACGCCAUGCCGCUUAGCGUGCAGGAAGUGGCCCAGCUCAAAGCUGCACUGCAGGAUGCCGUUGUGAAAUGCUCAGAGAGAUGUUUAUAUCAGUCAGCAAAAUGGGCCGCAGAGCUUCUCAAUUCUCUACCCGAAGUUGACAGCACUCGGCAAAAUGAGGGCGAACAGGAAGAAUUUAUUUCUCCAAUCUUUUCUCCUAAUGCAGAUGCAGAAGAAGCCGCGCUAGAAGCAAAGGAAAUUAGCAAGUUCUUGUUAGCAAAGGCGCUGUUUGACACCAAAGAAUACGACAGAUGUGCGGCUGUCUUCCUCACAGACUCGGUUCUUACUGCUGUCCUCGUAUCCCAACCAGAAAGCAAAGUUACAAAAAUAAAAGGCAAAGGAAAAGGAAAAUCAACAUCUAGUAUAGACGCGUCAUUGGCCGGUAUACCUCUCCCCAACAUUAGCCAGAAGAGUCUGUUCCUCGCACUCUACGCCAAGUUUAUGUCUGGCGAAAAGCGCAAGGACGAGGAAUCCGAAAUGGUUAUGGGCCCACAGGAUCUUGGUACUAUCGUCAACAAGCAGUUGGUAGUGGUUGGUAGAUAUCUUAGGGCGUGGUUCCAACAACGAACGACUGAAGACGGCGAAGUUACUGGCAGCCAAGGCUGGCUUGAGUACUUGCAUGGAAUCGUCUUGGCAAAAGAAAAGAAUGACGACGAGGCUCUGGAAUGUUUUAUUCGAAGCGUUCACAAGUACCCAAUGAACUGGGGAUGUUGGCUUGAGAUGACUUCUUUGAUUACAAGAGUCGAAGAUCUUGAUCGAAUGUCCGCCCACCUUCCUCACAACAUUGUUGCUUUCAUGUUUCAUCUUCACACCUCCCUGGAACUAUAUCAGCAAACACCAAGUCUCGCAAACUCCCUUGAACAGCUAUUAGGGAUAUUCCCGACAUCCUCUUUUCUCCUUACCUGUAACGCCCUUCUAUCAUACCACGCCAAGGAUCUGAUGGCGGCAGAACAACACUUUAGCAGACUGCUGUCGCUGCAUCCACACCGUCUGGAUUCACUAGACCACUAUUCGAACAUUCUAUAUGUUUUGAACUUGCGACCCAAGCUAGCGUUUUUAGCCCAUUUAUGCUCUGCAGUGGACAAAUUCCGACCAGAGUCUUGCGUGGUCAUUGGCAACUACUAUUCGUUGCUGUCGCUACAUGAAAAGGCUGUUCAAUAUUUCCGACGAGCACUAACCUUGGAUCGAUCAUGUCUAUCCGCGUGGACACUUAUGGGCCAUGAGUAUGUCGAGUUGAAGAAUACUCAUGCGGCCAUUGAAUCCUAUCGACGAGCUGUCGACGUCAACCGUCGAGAUUACAGAGCGUGGUAUGGUCUUGGCCAAACGUACGAAAUGCUUGAGAUGCAUACGUAUUCAUUAUGGUAUUAUAAGAAAGCAGCUGGUCUCCGACCAUGGGAUGGAAAGAUGUGGAUGGCAGUUGGAUCAUGUCUACAAAAAAUGGGCCGCGAACACGAUGGUAUCAAGGCUUUGAAACGUGCGCUUCUCGCUGAUGCAUAUUACGACUCUGGAAGCAGUUUUGGUACUGGCGAAAUGCUGGAUAGCCGAGGGGUUGCUGGCCACAUGGAUCCAGAGAUUCUAUUGCAAAUUGCAGCCAUGUAUGACCAACUCGGCGACGAAGAGGAAGCAAAGUCAUAUAUGGAACUAUGCGUUGCCCAGGAAAGUGGAAGCAACCCUGAUGCGGAACUGAAUCCGGCAGAUUCUGUUAAAAUUCACACGGAUUCACCGGCGCCGUCCGACGAUGGCGUGGAGAAGGAAGAAGAGCAGCGAAACGAAGGUACAGGUGUAACAGCAGCCACUAGCAAAGCUCGACUGUGGCUUGCCAGAUUCGCUAUGCGCACUGCUGACUACCACACUGCUCAACGACUUGCAACCGAGCUUUGUGAAGAUGGCAUUGAGGUGGAAGAGGCGAAAGCUCUUGUACGAGAAGUACGAUCCAGGAUCGAAACGCCCGGCAUGCUAGGACCAACCUGAUAACAAGCAAAACCUGUAUGAUGAUAUGAAAUUUAAUAAACCAAAGUCUUGUCGAAACUCGUGUCCGCCUUCAACGCAGCUUGAUUCAAGUGAGACUAACACCAUUACCACCAUUCGAAGACGCACACACAGUCAAGGGGGAAGUACAAGUUUAAUUUUCAACUUUUUUUUAUUAUUAACCAAUUUUAUUACAGCCUUCGAAAAGACUCCUAUUACCCACGUAGCAAUAUGUGCCAAAACUACAACCGUGAGGUAGAAAGUCUAACUAAAGCAGCCUGCACUUCACAAAAGAAUUGACAGGCUCGCAUAUCCAGAGAACCUGCUAAGGAGCGUGAAACGGGGUAUUACCAACCAACAAAAAGCAAAUUUUGUGAAAGAGCGCCUGCACCAAAGCCCAUCAAGGGCUAUUUAAGUGACCAGUAGUUUACAGAGCGAGAGCAGCGACGCCAGCGACGACGAGGGCGCCAAUACCAGCACCGAUCUUUUCGGCACCAGCAGUGGGAACGACGGCAGGAGGGACGACAGGGACAGUGGGCACAGGGGGGUUGGUCUUGACAGGAGGAGGUCCGGGGUGAGUGAAGGUGCAGGGGCAGUCUGGUGGUGAACUUGUUAGCGAGUGUAACUUGGUUGAGACCCUCAAGAUGGGCAUAGGACUCACUGGUAAUGGUAAGAGUGGUGGGGCCGGUAGCAGUGUAGGUGUGGUUGUUCAUGGAGAUGGUGGUGGGACCCUGAAUGUCAUGUUAGCAGGAUGUCUACUGUGAGAAGGAGGUUGCUUGGUACGAACAGGGCAGUAGGUGGUGUAAGCAGUGGUAAUGACCGUGGUGUGGCUGACGGGAGCAGAAGAACUGGGCUUAGCGCUGGAGUGACCCCAACCGUCGGAGCUAGAGGGCUUAGCAGAGCUAGCGGGAGCCGAGCUGGUCUUGCUGCCGCCAAUAUGGCCGUCCGAGCUGGGCUUGCCACCCUGACCGCAGCCGGGAGAGUCAAGGUCGAGACAGAGACCACCCUCACCGCCGAUAACGACGACCUGAGCAGCAGAGGUGGAGGCCAGAGCGGCGAUGGAAGCGAGUUGAGUGAAGCGCAUAUUGACUGUAGCGAACGUUGAUGGGACGUGAGGGACUGGAUGAAAGAUGGCAAGGUAUGUGCUGAGGCUGUAUCUAAGAAUAGGUAAAAGAGAAGGAGAAGUUUGGGAAAGGGAGGGGAUGGAGAGGUGAGGAGCCUUUGUACUUUGGAAGCUUUUGCACCAAAACGGCGGAGGGCUACUGACCUGCAUUCGGCCAUUGCCGUGUAUAAGCCAAGCGCCUUGUGUGCUUAGAUCCGGCCGAUGCGGGCUGGCA